AUGGCCCCUCGCGUGCUCGACGCCAUCAAGCAAGACCACCGCGACCUAGAAAUGCUCUACAACGAAAUUGUCAACGGCAAAGAUACAGGCGCGAGAACCCGUUUCCAGAAUAUGUUCGCCUGGGAACUCGCCCGGCAUUCCGUCGCGGAGGACCUGGUCCUUUACCCUGCCUUUGAGAAAUACCUAAGUAAUGGACGACAAAUGGCGGAUAGGGAUAGGGAGGAGAAUCAUGUUAUAAAAGAACACCUAAAAAACUUCCAAAACCUGGACGCCGCAUCCCCCGAUUUCUUCCCCGUCCUAGACAGCCUCAUGCGCGAUCUGAAAAAACACAUCCACGCCGAAGAGACCGUCGACAUCCCCCAGCUCGAGGAUGCGGUCUCCCAGAAUGAGAGCGAGGGACUGGCGAAAUCGUUCGAGAGGACUAAGAUAUUUGCGCCGUCUCGUGCGCAUCCGCAUGCACCGAGUAAGCCGCCGUUUGAGACGGCUGUGAACUUGAUUACGGCACCGAUUGAUCAGGUUGCAGAUAUGUUUCGGCGGUGGCCGAGUAAGAAGGAUAUCAGCAUUAAGUAG